AGUCGGCAUCCAAACUGGUGUCGUUUCACUUUUUUCCCCACUACCGAUUACGUCAGACCAGUCCGCUGAGCUUUCUUGCCUCCGUAGUUUCCACCAUUUCCGAUCCGAUCUAGAGAGGGUAAAAUAUCUGCCCCUCCCAAGUGAGAAUUCAGAAUUAUUGGGUUGCAUUCGGCAAAACCUAAUUCUUGAGCUCGGACUGCUGUAAUAAUAGCUUAGUUUAUCUGGAAAAGAGAAAUAUGGUUUAUCACUCUAGUUUUGUGGAUGAGGAAGGAAUGACUAAAGCUUGUGGGUGCCCUCUGCUCCCUCUGAAAAGCCAUAAAGGCCCUGCUCCAGCUUCUGAUCAAGAUAGAACCGAUAUUGUUGAUGAAGCCAUCACAUUCUUUCGCGCGAAUGUCUUCUUCCGAAACUUUGAUAUCAAAAGCUCAGCGGAUAAACUCCUCAUCUAUUUGACAUUGUACAUUAAUGUGGCUUUGAAGAGGCUUGAAGGCUGCAGAACUUUGGCUGAAGGAACCAAGGCCAUCAUCAACUUGGGUCUGGAAAAGGUUCCUGUCCCUGGAGAGCCUGGUUUUCCUUUUCCAGGCCUUUUCCCCCUUCCUCAGUCUCAGAAGGAAGCAGAGCUGCUGAGGAAUUAUCUGAAGCAGAUCAGGGAGGAAACAAGUGGAAGAUUAUUGAGUGUUGCAUAUAGACCCAAUGGGACUCCAAAUAAAUGGUGGCUGGCUUUUGCGAAAAGGAAAUUUAUGAAUGUCAUUGUGCCUUGAAGAGUUUGCUCUAAAUGAUCUAAAUGCUGAUCAGGGAGCAUGCUUGCUUCUUGUGAGCAGGUAUGAAAUGGGUAAGGGCUUGGUUAUCCCUGCAAGAACUUUGAAUCAAGUAAUCGAACUAGGGGGCAAUCAUUUGUUAUAGUUUGUGUAAAUGAUCAACUUCUUUAUUUUUCUCUGAUGAUCGUUGUCUUGUUCUCAUUC